UUCGGUCACGCUCUCUGCAUCUUCCUCUCUUCUCCAGAGAACCCUUCCCUCAUUAAAGCUGCUUUCGUCUCAACUGGCCAGAAGGGAUUCGCACAUCAAGAAAAUCGUCUGGUCUUCUGACGGGUGUCUCAACUCCAUGGCCAACAUUUCUCAAUGGAUGGUUUACUCUAGUUCUUGAAAUUCUACUAGAUUUUUUUGCGUAGUUGGAUUAUUUUGAUGAAUUCUGUUGUCAGUAGAGAAUUGUUUUACUGAAACGAUUUGGAGAACUAGAAGAUUUUACUUCAAAAAUUUGAUAUGCAAUGAUGGAUAAAUAUAUAUGACACCUGAUUCAUAAACUUCAACUCAAAAAUUCAAAUAUUAUCGUUCCAUUAUCCCUAACGGAUUACUGACUAUUGGAAUUUAUUUUAGUGAGAGUCUUAUAAAUUCAUUUAAUAUCAUAAUUUUGUGCCUUAGUAAGUGAGGCGAGCAGAAUACUUCUUAUCUUGUGCUAUAACUAUUCCAAAAUUAAAUGGAUUCAAAUAAGCAGACAUCUUAUUUUUCAAAUCUCUUUGAUUAAGAGGUAUCCAGCUUAACAGAUCUGAGGUAAAAUAUUGUAUUCUUCAAUGAAAUAACAACAUAAAGCAUUUAAAGAACUGAUUUCUACAGCAAAAGUUAAGUUUCCACCCUUUUAACCUUCGUAUAAAAGAAAAAGCAAGACCCAAGUGCACUGAAGAAACCGCAGAUUUCGUUUCAGAGUCAUGGGAAUUUUAUUACUCGUCGUGUUGUGUGUUUUGUGCCAGGUAGUGAAUUCCGUCGUGAAUUUCGAUGCGAAUCAUCGAACCAAUACCACUCUGGGGAGUCUCAUCGUGCUCGGGGGAGCUGAAAUAGAAAGGAGUGAAUCGAGAAGACUUCAUUAUCCAGGUGGUGAGAGGCACUAUCCUGCAGGGACGCCUUCGGACUGCGACGCUCUCGUGCGUGGACAGGAAGGUUGGAUCUUCACUCCAAACUAUCCCUCCGACUACGAUGACCACCGGACAUGUGACUACGUUAUCCAGCGUCUAACGCCGGACACUUGCAAGGUGGAAAUGACCCUCAACGACUUCGACUUGGAAGAGAGUGACCAUUGCCUCAAUGAUUAUCUGGAUCUCAGAGAUGGCCAACAGGGUGUUCUCUGUGGGGCCCUCGCCUCUGGCACUAAAAAGCAGCUUCAGUUUCGUUCCGGCCAGUACACGAUGACUCUGAGGUUCAAAACAGACAAGGAAAAUACACGAAAAGGAUUCAUGAUUCAGCUGAAGCAGAUCCCAAGAUCCUGUGGUGCCGCGAACAUUCCAACAGGGCCAAGUGCUUGCAACCAGUAUAUGGACACUUUCACCGGCAGCGUGUCUUCUCCCGGAUACCCUAACGGUUACCCGUCCAAUAUACGCUGUGCCUACACCAUUCGGAGGGCGGACUCCCGGAUUUGCAAAGUAUUGCUGGAGAUCCGGUUGCUGGAUUUCGGAAGACACACCGGCGGUCCCUGCAGGGGUGACUAUAUCGAAUUCCCGGACCUCUCCAGGACUUGCGCCGGAUAUCCAUCGAGAAAAAUCGUAGACUUCUUGCGAGGAAGCGAUCUUUUGACUUUCACUUUCGUGAGUGACGGUUACGGAUCGGGAAAAGGCUUUGAUAUCGAAAUUCUACAGGUUCCGGACUCUUGCGCGACUUCUUCGCCACCCUCGAGACUUCCGAGACCAGCCACCUUCUCUAUUACCUUAUUCGUAGGUGACUCCCAACCUUGCGACCAGGAGGUGAGCUCUGUGACCGGUCAUUUCACCUCCCCCAGAUUCCCCAACCCCUACGGUCCCAACGAAAGAUGCAGGUACACCCUGAGGAAGGUGGAUCCAUCCGUCUGCUCCGUGGAGCUGGACUUCAGAAGGUUCGAACUUGAAUACAGCGGCCCGCGCUGCAGCAAGGAUUAUCUCACUUUGCCUAGUCUCAACAGGCUCUGCGGGAGUAUUAGUGGAAAGCAGUUAAUGGAACUUCCCAAAGACAGCGAUUACGUGAAUCUGUACUUCGUGAGCGAUUUUUCCGGCCACGGACUCGGAUUCGACAUUCACGUCACACAGCUCUUCAAUACCUGCGAAGGAACCAGGUUGCACGGUCCUUGUGAUCAAGAGGUGGGCACUUUGACAGGUCGUUUCACCUCCCCCGGCUUCCCGACUUCGUACCCAGCUAACCAGCGCUGCACGUACAGCGUGCACCGGGCCGACGCGACGGUGUGUUCCGUAGAACUCCGCUUCGUCUCCUUCGACAUCGAGUACUCUGGCGAGCAAUGCUCAAAAGAUUUUCUCAUGAUGCCCGACAGGACGAGACUGUGCGGCACUACCUCUGGCACAAGGACCAUCAAAUUCCCAGCGGGAAGCGACAUUCUGGCCUUGAAUUUUUUCAGCGAUGGCUUCAGAACUGGACGAGGAUUCGACAUCGAAGUGACUCAGCGUCGAAACACCUGUAGAGUUCCUGCGUCUGAUUGUGGGGGCGAGGUGACGAGUUCUGCAGGGCGCAUCAGCAGUCCUGGCUAUCCACGGUACUACACUUCCGGACUCCGGUGCCACUAUAAGAUCCGUCGACCAGAUCCCAGCACAUGCACAGUGGAACUGGACUUCCGAGUGUUUGACGUGGCCACUAGUGCUGGUUGCAGCGAAGAUUAUCUACAAUUACCGGACCAAACCCGGCUGUGCGGAAGUCAAACAACGUCCAAGGCCCUCGAUUAUUCAGCUGUUGGCAGUGAUGUCAUGACCUUGACUUUCGUGACAGAUUCCAUCGGUGCUGGAAGAGGAUUCGACAUUGUUGUGAGGCAGCUUCCAAACUCUUGUAGUAUCCUUCCGCCUCCACCAUCUUGUGACAUGACUAUAAGCGAGGAGCGAACCGUUAUCCACAGUCCGAACUAUCCCGAGGAUUAUCCGGCGGAUGCCCUCUGCGUGUACAGCGUCCGGCGACUGGACAGAAGCGUCUGCCAAGUGCAGGUCGAAUUCUUAGAUUUCGAUCUGGAGCCAGCCCCAGAUUGUGGUUCGGACUUUGUCCAGCUCGAGAAAAACGGAGAGAGAUUUUGCGGAGUUCAGACGCCUCCUACAACGGUUCUGUCCUUUGGAGACGGUGAUAUUCUGAGAAUGGUCUUUAGGUCCGAUUCCGUGAGCAGCAGGAGAGGAUUCGAAGCCAGAGUUCGACAGAUACGAAAUUCCUGCUAUAGACCAAUAGGUCCAGCCAACGGACGCCAGUGUGGCACCUACUCGGAUACCAUGUUCACCAUCCAAAGUGAGAACUUCCCACUGCUCUAUCCCCCGAACUCGGACUGUGAGUACCGGAUCGUCCGGCAGAAUCCGACCAUCUGCCAGGUAGAACUGUUCUUCUCUCACUUCGAUGUGGCUUCCGAGAAUCCGGCCCAUUGCGACAGAGAUUUCCUGGAGGUGAAGGGGGCACGCUACUGUGGUAAAAGGGAUGGUCAGAGGGUGCUUGUUGAUUUCCCGAAAGAGAGGAACGAAUUAACUCUGCAUUUCAAAUCUGACAGCUACCAGCAGCUUUCUGGAUUCAGAAUUGAAGUGAAGCAGCUGACUUCUGGAUGUCCACCACUGGAAAACAAAACCUGCGAGCAGACGUUCAGCAGCGAGAGCUUCCAGGUGAUCAGUCCGGGAUACCAGUCCGGCUCCUACCCAGACGGAAGCGAUUGUCGCUAUACCGUCAAGAAAUCCUCCUUCCAGGUGUGCGCGCUCCAGGUCAAGUUCUACACUUUCGAUCUGGAGCAGUCCGAGGACUGCGCUAAGGACUACUUGGACAUUGCAGAGCAGAAGCUAUGUGGACGCAUGGAAUACGACUCUGUCAGAACAUACGAAUUUUUGGAAGAUGAGAUGAUUAUCCAGUUUCACAGCGAUGGUUUUAAGAAUGGAGCUGGCUUCUUUCUUCUGUUCGAACAAAAAACAUGUUGAAAUAUUCGCCUUUCUUAACACUUUAUAUUCAUAGGAGAAGAUGAUAUUUCGAUAGACUCAACGAGAAUGGACUCAUUAAAGUGAGAGUAUAGAAUGCUUUCAAUAAAUCUUUGAUAUUUAUAUUAAUUCAAUUAAGAAUUUAGUUGAAAGCUUAGCGACGUUGGUACUUUGGAAAGAGGAAUUGCAUUUGGUCCUUUUCUACAAUCUUGUACAAUUCAUUUUUAUUAAUAAACUUUGUUUUUAUAAUCCUA